AUGUCUUUCCUUCAUAAUCAUUCUUGCGAGUGCGUUAAGUCAGAAUUGGAUUUGUUUGCACUACCGUCUACACAAACUAGCAUUGAAAAUGGAUUGUGGAUUCAUUAUAAACCAAUUUCAUCUCUUGGUGAUGAUGGACCUAUCGAGUUUCAAGUUCCUGGGACCGGCGAUGACUACAUAGAUUUGUCUCAUACAUUACUCCACAUAAAGGCAAAAGUAUUAAAUCAAGAUUCAACUAACUUGGUAUCUACUACAAUAGUAGCACCUGUAAAUAAUUGGUUGCAUUCACUUUUUAGUCAACUUGAUGUUUAUUUAAACCAAAAACUUGUAUCACCACCUAAUAAUACCUAUGCAUAUCGAGCAUACAUGGAAACCCUUUUAAACUAUGCCCCUGCUGCUAAACAAUCUCAUCUUACUUGUAGUCUUUGGUAUGAGGAUACAGCAGGAAAAAUGGAUUCUACAGAUGGUAAAAACAUAGGAUUUGUUAAAAGACAGGAAUUGAUUAGUGAAAGUAAGGAAAUAGAAAUGAUUGGUCAUCUUCACGGUGACAUUUUUAACCAAGAUAAAUUUUUAAUUAAUGGUGUUGAAAUGAGUGUUAAACUGGUUCGAUCAAGAGAGAGUUUUAAUUUAAUUGUUGGGUCGAACGAUAUAAAGUUUAAAGUUUGCAUUACGGACGCAACUCUUAUUGUGCGACGAGCACGAAUUAAUCCAAGUGUAUUACUCGCACAUCAAAAAGUUUUAGCUUCUACCACUGCUAAAUAUCCUAUUACUCGAGCUGAAGUAAAAGUUUUAACAAUUCCUUCAGGUGUUCAAGGAAAAACUCUUGAUAAUAUAUUUUUAGGACAGGUACCGAAAAGAUGUAUAAUUGGAUUUGUGAACAAUUCUGCAUUUAAUGGUUCCCUUACUAAAAAUCCAUUUAACUUUGAAAACUAUGGUAUUAAUUCUUUCAGCUUAUAUAUUGAUGGUCAACAAAUACCUUCAAAAGCUUUGCAACCAUCUUUUAAUAAUAGCAUAUUUACAUCAGCAUAUCAUACUCUAUUCUCGGGAACUGGUAUUCACUUUCUUAAUGAAGGAAAUGGAAUCUCUUGUGAACAGUAUGGCAAAGGUUACUGUCUAUUAGCAUUUGACUUAACUCCUGAUUUAUCAGCUAACUCAUCAACUCAUUGGAAUCUCAUAAAGCAUGGUAGUGUAAGAAUAGAAGUACGAUUUGAAUCCUCAUUAAUACAAACAAUUAACUGUAUAGUUUAUGCUGAGUUUGAUAAUAUUAUUGAGAUAGAUAAAAACAGAAAUGUUACUGUAGACUAUAGUAGUUAA